CAUCACGAUUGUGCUAGGGCAGGAGCUUCGCGAUGGCGGCGGUGGAUCUCGUCGCCUGGCUGCGGGGCCGCGCCGGCCGCUUCGACAACACGCUCUUGGCUUUCCGAAGGGAUCUGGAGGAAGGCGACUUGGAUGACGAGCUGAAAGCCGCGCUGCAUCUGAUAGCCCGGGAAAGAGAGCCGGAGCCGGAGAGCGAGAAGGAUGGUGGAGAGAGUGGCGGCGAGGAGAGGAUCGUGGAGGAAAAGAUCAGUGGCGAGGAGGCGACCAACAACGGCGACGCCACCGCCAGUGCCGCCGUCGCCGCUGCCAGUGCCGGUGGCAAGAAGAGCAAGAGGAAGAACAGGCACAAGAAGGAGACGCUGUCGGCGGCGGCGGUGGUGGAGUCGAAGGUGAACAAGAACAAUCAGACGGAGACGGUGUCGACGGUGGUGGUGGAGUCGAAGACGAAGACUGUGACUUCCUUGGUGCCUCCAGAGGAGGAGGCCGCUGCCGCUGCCGCCGCCCCUGCUUCAAGGAGGAAGAAAAACAAGAAGAACAAGAACACAAAUACAGGGGACGAGAACAAGGAUGCCGGGAUGGAAGUUGACGCAAAUGCUCCUCCGCCUCCUCCACCUCCCGCGGUGGCUGUUCCUGCUCUUCCCGCCGCUGCCGUCGCUGUUCCGGAGGGGGAUCUCGCCACCAAGGCCAAGAAGAGAAAGAAGAAAAGCAAGGUGGUGGCGGCGAGCGAGGAUGGAGGCGCAGCGCAGGGCCACGGCGAUGGCGAUGGCGAGGCCGGAAGCUCCAAGAAGGUCGAGGAACCCAAGGGCGAGGAUGUAGGCGCGGCGCAGGGCCAUGGCGAUGGCGAUGGCGAGGCCGAGAGCUCCAUGAUGGCCGAGGAGGCUGGAAGCUCCAAGAAGCGAGCGAAGCCCAAGGAGGAGGACACCGCUGAAGCCGCUGGAGAUGCCGCUGCUACCUCCGCGAAGAAGAGGAAGAAGAAGAGCAAGGGCCAGUGAUGAUCGAAUUGGUAUAGAGUGAUCGAAUAGCUAUAGAGCGAUCGAGCGAGAACGUUUUGCGGGAAUAAGAUCUGUAGGAAUCGGCCACGAGAAAGCAUCUAUUUUCAAAAAA